AUGAAUACCACCAGUGCUACCCACCUGUUUCAGUCCGAUACCUCGCUCGCCGUAGGUCGCGCUCGUGCAGAAAAAGCAGCGCGCACAGCACAUGGCGAACUGUAUGGCCAUCCAAUCUGGCUCGGGAGCCGCGGCGCGCCGUUGCAGCAAACCGAGACAGUCCACGCCCAGGAGACGCCGGUGGAUACCACACAGCUUGCCGAGCUUGCCGCAGGUGCCGACGGCGGAAAAGCAAAAGCGAUUACUGCACACAAAUGCUCGAUUACUGAUCCCGUUCUGUGGACCGCCGAGUCUGGGCAUAUCGCGCGAGGCAUCAGCUUGGAGUCGGGGUUGACGUUGCAGCAAUUGCGAGGGCAUACCGGGCCCGUCUCUGCCCUGGCAUCGGUCGUCCUUGCUCAUGGGCGUACCCUCUUGUUUACCGGUUCCUGGGACAAGAGCAUACGGAUUUGGGCGGUCGGCGAGCGCGGCGCGCGACGCCCUGCGCCACUUGUUAUUCUCCGCGAUGCGGCGGCCGACUUUAUCAAGGCGCUGCACGCCGACGCAGAGCAUGCGUGCUUGCUGAGCGGCGCGAGCGACAAGGCAGUGCGUAUUUGGGAUCUGCGGCUUUUGAUCCAGUGGGCUUCCGACAAGGCGCCGGAAGAAUGGGCCGAAGUGCUCUCGCGGGAAAAGGACGCGCCUGUUGGAUGCCCUGUGCCUACGCUUGCCGGCGUAUGCCGCGAACAUUUGCGCCCCGUAGUGUGUAUCACAACUCUACCGCCAUGCCCCGAUGCAGGUUUCCGAAGCGAUGCAUUUUACGCAUUCUCUGCAGACUCGAUGGGGCGCGUGCUGCAGUCUGCAAUUGUGUUUGACGACGCGGCGGAGCGCUCCGCACACGCCGCUGUGCUCCGCGAGUUAAACGGGCCAGAGACGGGGGUCUUGGAUAUGGUAGCUACUUGGCGUGUGUAUGGGCCGGAAGAGGACCAGUGGGGUGCGGAUAUUUGGGUAUCCUCUUCGGACGAGAGUGUGCGUCGCUUCCCGUUGUCGGAGGGCGCGCGCGAAAAGUUUGUUCCUGGCCGUGUAUCGCAUGCAGGCGCGCAAGUUGGUACAGCGGCGCCGCUCAUGGCCGACGCGCUGCUCAGUAUCCCAGCCUCGGCCUCGGCCAUCUUGCCGCUGGGCGUAAGCGACGGGGAAAAAGAUGCGCUUAUCACGGGCGACGUGCAGGGCGAAUUGGAGGUAUGGUGUAUGGAGCCUGUGCACAAAUUUGCGGCACACGAGGGGCACUGGCACGAAAUCACGCACUUGGAUAGGUGGCUUCGUGCAGAAGACAAGACGCUGUGGAUUGUGUCUACUUCUCUGGACGGGACUGUGCGGCGCUGGCCCUUGCCGCGCCUGCUGACGACGGAAGCGCAACGUGAUACAGAGACGAGGCCUGCUGCGGUAGGGGUGGCGUUGACUGCCGAGGAGGAGGCCGAGUUGACCGAGCUUAUGGACGACUAG